UAGUGUCAUCUCUAAUGUGCAAAUAAACAAAACAAAAAAAAAACGCCUACAAAAAUUUUUCAUUGAUUUUAUACAAAGAAAUUCUGAAAAUUCCACGAUAAGAAGACUUAAAAACAGACAACUUUUAGAUAUAUGUAAAUAGUGUAAAUAAUAGAAUAAUUCACGAGAAUUUGCAACCAAAACAAAACAGAAAAUAAACCAUAAAACCAAGAAAACAAAACACCAAAAAUGGCAACCGAAGUGGAGCCGGCAAAUACGGCGGACAAGUUCUCCGCCAAUGCCGAGGAGCUGGAGAGUUACUAUCUGAUGCUGGAGGCGGGCAACAUACCGGAGCUCCAGUGGCAGUUCCCCGGACGAAGGGAGCCCUCGCCGGAGCUGGUGGGAUCCGGCAGGAAUAGCAAGGAACUGGAGCAAACCGCCGAUGCCAUCGAACAGGAACCCCAAAAGGCCAAUGACUUUGACUUUAGCGACGAGGUGGCGCCCACCCAAAUGCGGGUCCGCAGCCAAACGUCCACGCCCAAGUCUGCCAAAAAGAAGACGGCCAACUUUGCCGGCGUCAUGGAGACCCUGAAGAAGAAGAAUGCGGAGAGCUCCUAGCACACACUGAAGUUCUGAUGCAUCCAGAAGAAGGGGAUCGGAACUGCCACUCACCCGAAUCUAAAGAUCACACUUCGCGAGGGUCUGGUUAUAAAGGUCUGCAAGCUGUUGGAGAAACCCGAGGAACCAAGCUCUGGUGGCCAUAGGAGGAACUAAGGGAGAGGAAGAUAAGUUGAGUUUUUUCUUUGAAAAAUUACUAAAUUGGGUUAUUUUUAGAAGGUUUUAAGAUUAUCUAUUCUAUCUUUUAUAUUAUUUAUAUUUAUAAGUUAUAAAAUUGAAGAUGUAAGAAUUUUAAGAUUAUUUUUACUACUUUUCUAUCGUUUUAUAUAUAUCAUAGAAAGAAUUUCAGAACAGUUCCAAAGCUUAGCCUCUCCAUAAAUUAAAUAUCUAUAGUUUUUGUACCCUUUCAGGGUUUUAUCAUUUAAAUCAGAAGCUAUACUAAAAUUAAAUAUGUUAUAAAUAUUAUUGAUCAGCAUCUACAGCCAAGUAGAUCUAGCCAAGUCCGUCUGUCCGUUUCUAGGCAAACUUUCUGAGUUUUUUAAGCUAUUUGAAAGAGAUUUAAACUUCAAUCAAGAUUAAUUUGUAGAAAUAGUAAUGUUAAUAGAAUUGCUUAUGAUAAAUAUAAAAAUUUAUUUUUAAAAUUAAGUAUAUAUUAAUAUUUAUAAGUAAUGAAAAUUAAGUAUAAUGAUAUUUGGCUUAAAUAAAUUUUUAAAGAAUUAU